AUGACCAUUCCGCAGCCCAUCUGCCAUGCGGGAUGGAUUGGAUCGUUUGCUCAGCAAUCAACAAUAUGCGGCGGCCUAUUUGCCAGCAUCCGUAGUGGAAGGCUACAAGCGCACACCAUUUUACACGGUGUGCGCCACAGCCAAAUUCCCAAUUUUCGCCUCCGUCAGGGCUUGCCAUCACAGUCCCGAUCAAUGCUUAUGAGACAGAAUAUGCAUGAGCAAACCAUCCGCGCAAACACUGCAGGGUUGGGCCGCGCCUUGCUGUGCACUAUACGAGUACGCGGUUCGAUGCAUGUUGGACGGUUGUUAUACACAUCCCCAUAG